AUGGAAACAAAUACUGACGCAGAUCCUUAUAAAUAUCAUUUACAUCAGGAAGAGUUGCCUAGUGAAAGCGACAAUCAUGCUGAGUGUGCAGAGCCACACGUUUCGCCUGAAAAUGAAACGACAACACUUUUUCCUGAAUUGUGUGCUUCAGGUAUAGUCAAUAUUCCUGCAGAAACAGAAGAUUUACAACAGGCCGUAGAGAAUGCUGUCGAUAAAAAGCUGUUAAUACUACCCGGAGCAGCCCAACCUCUAACACCAAUUGUAACUUUGCUUGUAAAUAAUUUUGGCAAUGAACAAUUAUCAGAAUCAGGAAAAGAAGCCAGACAAGUUAUUGAACGAAAUGAAAGAUCUCGACAAGUUUCUGUCAAUGAUGAUCGCCAAGGCAUUGCAAGUCGACGCAGACGAAGAAAGCUAAGUUUCAUUGACAAGCUUAUUCUAGCACCACAACAACCGAGCACACCAAGCGAAUAUCGAUCGAAUAUACCCAAAGGUGCAAAUAAAUUCACAUAUGAUGGUAAAGUAUUUACAGUGAACAUCGACGAAUUCGAUAACAGUGCAGAACUCGGUUCAGGAAGCUUCGGUGCAGUUCGUCAAGUCAUGAUAAAAGGAUUGCCUAACGACUGUAUGGCAGUUAAAAUUGUAUCAGCACUUCGUAUUUUACAUACUGAAAGAAUCAUUCAUAGAGAUAUAAAACCUGAUAAUAUGCUUAUCAAUAAGAAUGGUAUAGUUAAAUUGUGCGAUUUCGGUGUUUCCGUUGAUCUGAAUGAAAAUCCAGAUUUCUUCUUUGAUGGUGGCACUGAAUCUUACAGACCACCACGUCCACAGUUCCCUUCUAGCAUUCAAGAUGACAUGUGGGCAUUGGGUAUUAGUUUGUUGGAAAUUAUUAAUGGUCAACAUCCGUUCUACAAUGUGGAUCCUAAUGCCUUACCUUUUAAACUUCCAUACUGGGAACCUAAAGUUCCUACGACAGUCUCUAAUGAAAUGCAACAACUUAUUCAGGAUUUGUAA